UCAGGAAUUAUUCUACUUUGGCCAUUGCUGCAAGACUGGAAGAAGCUUCAGUGGGAAGACGCCAGCAUUUCUUUUCUUUUCUUUUUUUAAGAAAUAAGCUGCAGUCAUGAACAAAGUAAAUAUCUCCUCCAAUGCUGGGAUACAAGUCAUGCUACUGUUAUUAAGCACAGCUCAACCCAAGCCCUGUCCUCCCUGUUUGUGUGAGCAGCAGGAAGACCUAAGGGGUUGGAUAUUAAACUGCAGUUCUAUGGGGCUGAAGGAUAUGCCUCCCCUGUCAUCAGAAUUAUGCCACUCUUGCCAUACCAUCAACAUUCUUCAUCUGCAAAACAACAGUUUGACCACGGUUCCUCCUGGUGCACUGGACCACUUAAUUUACCUGAAAGAAGUUGAUUUCUCCAACAACCCUUGGCACUGUGACUGCUCUAUUUUAUAUUUCAAGCAGUGGCUGGAAGACUUCAGUAACGCUUCUCUUGCCAACCUUCAAUGUGCAUCUCCAGCUUCUGUAAAAUCGAGAGCCUUGAGUCAGCUGACUGGGAAUGAACUGGAAGGAUGUAGGAAGCCUCAACCAAUCAAAUGCCUUGAUUUCUUUUGGAGAGACUUUGCUCUUAUUUUUGUGGCAAUUAUUGUCUUAAUUUUAGCAACAUGCAUUCUACGAUACUCAAAAAAAUUAACUUCCCAAGCUGCCAGGAAGCUACAUCCUUCUGAAGUCCCACUGCUGCAGUUGCAUGACCCGGAAAAACAGAAAUCAAAAUGAGCUGCUGCAGUGACUAAUAGCUCUUCAGUAAGAUUACCAAAGUAAUCUGUUUAAAAGGUUGUGUUUGUUCAGGCUCCAAGCGCAUACAGAGCCAUGACUAAACGUCCCUUAGGCUAAAGAAAUAGCACCAGUUAUAUUCUGUUUGUUCUUGCUGAUUAAAUAAGAACUUGUACAAUGUACGUAGUU